GGAGCUGCUGGUAGAAAGUCUUCAAGCUGAGCCUCCACAACACUGCGAGAAGUUCACGGGCAGAAGAGAGAGAGCUCAGACUGAGAGAGCUCACCUGAACCCGAGAGCCGAGAGCCCAACAGGACACGAGCUGUGGACUCUUCGUGUGUUUUGCUUCUUUUCUGGGGACUUUUGUUUGGAAGUGUUUGCUGUCAGGUCUGUGGGAGCGCAGUGAGGUGCUGAACUGAAGACAAAAGAGCGAGCGCUAGCGCGUGUAGUACAGUCAGGAAGGGGCAGCACGUGUAAUAAGCUGUCAUAACCUGUCAUAAGAGAACUUCUGAGACUUUUGGGGCUGGUUUGAAGGGAGUACAUGAAGGAGGAUCAGGGGACAGUGUGAAGUUGCUCCUCAGUCAGGGCAGGCGGGAUAUGUGUUAGUGGAGCAGCGGUGAAGCAGCGUGCAGUGUUGAAGGGUAGUUUCUGGUCACCUGGCUUGCAGCUCCAAAGCAGAUGUGGGAGGAGGAGCACAGCCCCAGUGCCUGCUCGCCUGAACCUCCAGAUGGGGCCCAUCCAGCCCCAGAGACAUCAUCCGUGGAGCCCCCCACUGCUCCUAGCUCAGGUGGAGAUGGAAGCAGUGAGAAUCAAGCACAGGAGCCCCCCACGCCUCCCACUGCUGAGAAAACAUCCGAAGCAGACAAUGGCAACAACAACAACAGCCUGUCACAGCUGGACUUCAGCAGCACGCCCAGCAAAAGCAUAACAUGUCAACCUCAGGCCAGGUCCACGCCCUUGCUGCCGUCUUUAUCCAGCUCCUCUGAGGCUGCCGCUCUGCUGAAAAAUGGCAGCAAGCCCGUCACACACCAGGCCCACAGCAAUGGCGUCAAGAAUGGAGCUCCACUACUGCAUGCAGCAUCUUCAUCAUCCUCCUCUUCAUCACCAUCUCAUAAGAACCCCAAGAAGCUGCAGUCAAACCCCUCCCUCAACAGCCAGAGUAGCAAAAGAAGCAAAGGAAGCUCCAAAUCUAACAGCUCUCAAAUCCCCAUGGAGGCCCAGGACGACUGCUGCGUGCACUGCAUCCUGGCCUGCCUUUUCUGCGAGUUCCUGACGCUGUGCAACAUCGUGCUGGACUGUGCCACCUGCGGCUCGUGUGCCUCAGACGACUCAUGCUUCUGCUGCUGCUGCGCGUCUGAGGAGUGCGGUGACUGUGACCUGCCCUGCGACAUGGACUGUGGCAUCAUUGACGCCUGCUGCGAGUCUGCCGACUGCCUGGAGAUCUGCAUGGAGUGCUGUGGCCUCUGCUUCUCCUCAUGAGAGCCCACUAGCGGGCGCCGUGUCUAUUGCACAGGACUCCACCUCAUUGUGGAGAUAUGGGAGUACACCAGGACAGAUUGGAAAUGUGCACAAGCCGAGGUAUAUGCUGUCAGAGGACAUGCUAGUGGCUUCUGAGGCUGUGGGCAAACGAGGACCGUGAAGAGCAUCAUAAUCAAGUUCCAGUUCCAAUUCCCUGAACUCUAGCAGAGCUAGCAGUUUCUCAGUGUUGUUCUGCUCUGGUUUAGGGUAAUCCUGGAAUAUUCUCAGUAGGAUUGUAGUCUGCUUUUGGGCUCUUCUUGUGACCAAGUUGUACUGCACUUAAAAGGUGCCAAAAUGGGGUCAGAGAAGAACCAUGAUUGGUUCCCUAAAGAACUUUUAAGUGGAUGAUUCUUUAAAGCACUCGGUUGACCUAUCCAUGCUUCACUCCCAACGGCAGGCUUUCGUGUUAACUGUUGCUAGGCUGGAGAAUGUUGGCAAAAGUUCCUUUAAACAUAAUGAAAAAUGGUAGCACAAACGCAACUGUGUCAAAACCUAAAUUUAGAAUGUCUUUUUCAUUUAAAACAGAGUAUUGUGGAUUGGAACUAACGUUAGCACAAUGGCAAAUUUCAUGUUGUCAUUUCCAAUAGGGAUGAGUGAAAAUGAAUCAGAGUCAAGUGUUUAUUGUUAUUGCUCCAUAUAACUUGUAUACAUUGGAUGCAGAAUAUACAAUAAAUACACUUGACAGUUACCAUACAGGGCAAUAAAUGCACAGAACAGUAAAUCAGCGCUGACAGGACAAAAGUAUUUUGUCUUUUUUUUUAUUUUACAUGAUUUUUAGAGACUACCAGCUUUCAUUAUAUGAUAAGAAUGUUUUUCCUUCUCAUGAAAAGCUACCCUUAACAUACCCUCAACAAACCCUUAAAUUAUCCUUAUGCCCCACUUAUGUUAUGGAUGGGUAUUAAAGCAGCAUAUGAGUGGAGGAACUAGUGCAAACAUUGACAACUGUAAACGAGACAGAACAAUUGAGAUCCCAUAGCAGUAUUCAAAGAAGUAUAUAAUUUAAUGUGCGUGUGCAUUGAUAGUAGUUACUAAAUAAAAAAAAACUUCAAUAUGCAGAUGAGCUUGUCUCUAUGUGAUGUCUAAAUUCGAUACUCCACCAGAAUAGUGAUGAGUUUUUCAUGAAAGAUUUGACUCUUAGGUGAGCGUUGGGAAAUUAAAUUGAAGAGCAAAUUUUUUUGUGAGGGAGGGAGGUGGGUAAACUAAAAUAAACUAAAUAGACAGAAAAUAAACUGAAAAUUCAUAAUGUUUUCUUGCCUUUACAAUGGACCCCUGUCUGGACGUGCCUUGCUAGCUUUCCAGUUUUUGACUUAGUAGGUAAUAAAAAGUUACAUUAAAGAUCUAUGCAAAAAAAUUAAUUAUAAUAUUUCUGGCUAAUUUCAGGACAGGUUUCACUGAAAAGAGCCGGAAUGCUACAUCAGAGGGAAGUGAAGAGCCUGUGUCUUACACUUUAUGUCUUACAUUUUCGUCAGAGCUAUCUAUUUACUCCAAAUAAGAAAGUGUAGAAAGGCUACUAAGCAGGCUAAAGACUACCGUCCACCAGACAAGAACUUCCAUACCAUCUAGCAGACAUUAUAAAGCGCAGCUAUAGCAUACAGUAAGCGUUGGAUAAAAGCUCAAGCUCAUUUUACACUGUAGUUAGAUUCAAUGGAAUUUAAGCCUUGGAAACCUUUAAGAUUUUUUACUUGGUGAUGUUUUCAAUAUUUUGAGUAAUGCUUUAAAAAUUUGAAUGUUAAAUUUGACAGAAGUCUAGUUUUAGUCUAGUUUUUUCAGUUUCGCUUUGUAGCAUAGCAUGUUAUACUGUAAAAUUGCACUAAAAUAGUGGAAUGUUUUGCCCAGCAUUCUGUAAAGCUUGGAUAGGUCAAUUGAAACCACUCAGUUAAAAAGUUCAAAAGAGGUUUUUUUGAUGACACCUCUCUAAAGAAUAAGAUUUUUUGAGGCCUUUAUUUUUAGAGUGUAACUCUAUACCUUGCGCCCCAUUGUGUUGCAUCCUAACUCCAAGUUAUCUGCAUGAUCUUGGAGGCUCCAUUCAUAUCUGUAGGUAAUGGAAGUCAAAUCAUGAGAGAAUUAUGAGGGUUCUCAAAAGUCUUUGUUUUUCAAAAUGUUAAAGUAUUCUGAGGCUUGAUUUAGAUAAUCACUGUGUGGUUUUAUUUUUUGCGACCGUGGACCAUUUUGGGGAAAAAAACACAGUACUGUCUCCACAGUAUUGUUCUGUGGUAUGAGAAUCCCACAAUAAUGCAUACCACAACUGUGCUUGAAUUACAAAUGAGUGCCUUUGUAAAGCAUGAUGUCAUCUUUUCAAAGCGAUGUAAAUUCAGAUUCUCCGGGAAAAUGUAACCGAAGAUCGGAUGUGAUUUUGUCGGUUUGGCCACGUUGAUUGCGCCCUCUGUCUUUAACGUCUCUUAAAAUGUCAACACAUUCUAAUGCAAAUGUUCACCUCUGAACAUCCACAGUUACUGUAGAAAACUGCUGUAGUCCUCCAGCCACCAGAGGUGCUCUUUUUUCCCCAUCAGCUCUGGCGGGCAGGAUUACUCAAGCCAUAAACUGUGAGUUCAGGACUGGAUGUGAGCUGGAGAAAGAACUGUGUUUAUUUAAUAUCUGAUGCAAAUGCACAGUUCCAGUCACGCUUUAUAGUUACUCAAACAUGUGAAUGGGGAGGUCUGUUACUAUCUGCAUCUCAUCCUGUGAUUUUUCUUUCUUUCUCUCGUGGUUUAUCUGUAAUUCAUUCCUUUGAUUGCUUUUUUUAAUGCUGGAGUUAAGGCCUAAUCAGAGUGCUUUUGGGUAUGGACUAAAAAUGAAGUUUCCUAAAUGUUUCUUGAAGCUUUGAUGUGGUGCAGAACCUUUACAUUAUGUGAAGGUUCUUUCCACUUUAAAAAGGUCUAGGGAAGUGGGGUAGCUACUCCAAAACAAAUUAUUACUUUCAGGAAAAAGUAAUCUCAUUGCUCAUUACUUCUGUUUUACUCUAUAACACUCAUACUUAUCUGUACUAACUGGAAAGUACAAGCUAAAACCUGCACUUUUUGGAAAUUUAUUAAGAAAGAAAUAACCAAUCAUAGUAAACAUCAUUUAAAAGUCCCAUCAUUAUCCCCGCCUCUGCUCUGACCAAGACACAGAGAGUUAUGCUUGAUUUAUGCUUAAAAUGAACAAUUUGGCUGAUGCUGUUUGCAAACCCAGAAUCUAGUCAGUUAAAGCAGUUCGAAAACAUCUGUUUGGGUGAAAUUGGGGGCCUUUUUCCCUUAAGCUCAGGUGGGCUGAUCAUUAGCACAGAGAUCUUUAUCCAUCAGUUUCAGAUCAGCAUAGUUAGAUGCUCCCCACACAUGUGCUGUGUCAUAUUCACAAUGUCAGCUUUUGCACAGUGUGCCCACACAUAGACAAACAGGCACAAAUAAUCUAUAUAAAGGAAAUAGCUGAUUUGAAUGAAUGCUACUCUCUUAGAGAUGUAUGAGUAAUGCAAGUAACAGAAUUCUUAGUAAGUCAGUAACUGGAAUGUGAUUACAAGAGUUUGAACUAUUUUGUUACACAAGAAAAAGUAACCACAUUACUGUACGUGUUACCUUGUACAGAAUUACCACCAACACUGCUCAUCUGUCUCAUUUACAAAAAUGGUUCUUUAAAGAACCAUCUGCUGAAAGGUUCUUUUGGGAACCAAUCAUGAUUCUUCUAUGACAGCAAUCCUUGUUGUACCUUUAUUUUUAAGAGUGCAGACUCUUUUUUGCGCUGUCCAUGUUUUUAAAUGGUUUCUUAACUAACUGGCAGCAGAAGUGUCAGCACCUUUGACUUCCAAACAGCAUGGUCACUUUCACUGUAGAUUAAGCCCUUUAUGAUCUUUUCUUACACUGUAGAUUUAUUUAAUCAGUAUUCAUUGAUUGUAGAGAUGUCACUAGAACCAUGUCAAGUCGAUUCCGUUUUAGUUGUCUGUGGUAUUGACAGUACAGAUUCAAAGUUGGUUCUGAAUGCAGAAGAAAACCUGGUAAUGCCCACUGAUGCAAGAGCAUAGUAAUGUAACAGUGGUGUCUAAAUGUGCUGCUGCAGUGAUGGUACCACAAAAAAAAAUCAGCAGGUCACAUAUCCUAAUACCUUGCUUAAGAGACAGAUGAUACAAGUGACAACAUUAACAAGCACAACAAUGCAAUCAGUCAUUUCAGAUUAAAAGUAAAGUAACUCCUCAGACUUGAUGUGUAGAAGCUCAAGCAGGUCAAAUUCAGUUUAGACCUCAUUCACACAUUUGGAUAUUUUUGAAAAAUAUUCUGGCCUCCUUGUCAACUCGAAAAGAGUUUUUUGAAAAGGCUCUCUGGGGUACACAUUGUUGAAUCUCAAUUUUUAUUGUCUUGUAGAUGGGCAAAAUAUAGCUUUUUGUAACACUGACACUGUACCAUUAACUUGUGCAAAAAUAAAUUUCAAAAAUAUCUGGAAACGUGUAGAUGAGGCCUUGGUCUGACGAUUAAUUAACCCCUUAAAUGGCCAGGAUGGCCAAAUGGCAGGCCCAAAUUUUUAUUACACCCUUCUAUUACCUAAGAAUAGCUCAGCCAGUUUGCACUUAAGUCCCUCUAGUUACUGAAUAUUAAGCCUUAGUAUGUAAUAAGCCUGGGAUUUCAAGGUGUUAACAACUAGCAUUAGUCUUCUUAUCCACAAAUACACAUAUUGCAAUUAUUUUCAUUUGAAAUGACUGGCAUGCUUUGUAUUUUUAUAUGAAAUUUUGGCAUAUGAUGUUUGGUAUGGCUAUAAAUGACCUUACUGGUUUAAGCUGUACCUCAUUGUACAGCAUAUUACACUUUGUUUUCAUUGUUAAUGUUUCAUAUCUUUUUGUUGUGGUAUCAAAUCAGGAACUGAGAAUUGUGUCAUUUCACUGGUAUUUGGCUUCUGGUAUUGUGACAUCUCUAAAUGUAUACGCUGUUAUUCAUCAUUUUGCUUUUGCCAUCUAAAGUAGAAUUGUAAGUACUAUAAUGCAUCCAAGAAAAAAUUGCACAGAACCCAAAUGGGCCACCUUUUUGAUGAAUAAUUCUGACAUUUUCUGCGUUCCUUUUUAAAGUGGUUUGAAUUUAGAUUUAGCCUUAGAGCAGAAGUUAAUAAUUAUACAUGUAAAUACACAUGGAGGGUGCAGUUUUUCUUUCCUUUAUGGAGUCUAACCAAAGGUCAAGAACAGCAAAUCAUGUUGUCAGAUUUGUGUUGCGCAUUUUAUAGCCUGGUGGAUCCACUAAGGUCGUAACUAACAGUCGUUAUUAACCGGCUCAUCUCACACAGUGGUGGUAAGAACAGACGCAUUUGUUAACAUUCAUUUUUUGUCCUUUUCUACAAUGUUUACAUCAAGCAAAUAUAUCUUGGUGGGAAUGUUACAAACAGAAACUGGAGAUAAUAAACUUGACAAAGAGAGGAGAUAUGUACAACUCUUCAUUCAUACUAUGGAAUAAAAGAACUAUCUGAACUA